AUGUUUACGAGUAAGAAAAAGUGCAACGAAGUGUAUCUCCCUAUCGAGGGAGAUAUCAUCCUUGGUAUAGUUGCGGAGAAGUCAAGUUCGCAUUUGUUGAUUGACUGUAAGGCCAAGAAACUUGCUAAGUUGUUGGUUAUGAACUCUGCAAGGGACCUUUUGCUCAAGUCAGAUCGGAUACAAAUUGGAACGGUUUUGUGUUGUCGUGUACAGACAAUUGGAUAUAAAUGCACUUCAUUUACAGUUUCAUGUUCGCAGAGUGCUGCUACACACGCUUUACUACAAAAAGGGUUUAUCUUUCAAGUUUUACCUUUAGUGGCUCGAAUGUUGCUUCAUAGUAAAGAUGUUUUGACGAAAUCAAUAAAUAUCAGUCAUCCUCUUGAAAUUGCUGUUGGCUACAAUGGUUUAAUAUGGUUUCACUCAAGACCUUCUGUCACUGAAAUGCAGUUUCUAUUGCUAAUAAGUAAAUAUUAUGCUCAGUAA